AUGUCGCGUUUUCACGCAAAGAGUUUACGCCUGGGUAUUAGACAAGAAUGGGAUACGACACAAUACCUAUUUCACCCGCGAAAAAACUCUACUGUGUCACAAGAUGAAAGCGCGAAAUCUGCCCUAAAACAUUUCUUUCACUCACAAAACAUACUCAUGGCUUUUGGUCCUGGUGCAAUUAAACAUCACCCUGCAAAAGUUUCGUUAAAGCUAUAUUAUUAUGCACCUCAACCUCGUAAUAAAAGAGAGUAUGCUUCACCUAUACCACACAUUGCGUCUUUAUUCCCAAGGGCACGAAAUUCUUUAAAUGAUUAUACUGACAACAAUGAUUUUACAUUUACAGCGUUUCCGAGAAAAAGGAACGAAGUAGUGACAAAUUCUUUUAGAUACAGAAAAAGAACAAUCGUCACAAAUACUACAACCACCACCACUUCUUUAACUGAGAAUCCUAAAAACACUGACACUACUUUAACUGAGAAUUCUAAUAAUAAUGCAACAUCAUCAACGGAAGUAGUUGAUCAAUCUUCUCUCACACUUCCUUCUUCGGCAGCUUUAAUACGUCCAAGUGUAUCAAUGGUUCAAAUUCUCGCGGACGUUUACAAAAAACAAGUUGAUCUAAGUCUAAUCCGUUUGCACUAUCCAUUUCUAAGUAGCUACAUACUGGCACAAUAUAUCGCAAUAAAUUCAUCACGCUAUGGCGUAUCAAGAGUUAUCAGAGCCCUAUUUAGAAAAGUACCAGUGACCGUGAUAAGUUCAACGAAUCCUUUGUUUCGUCGCGGCAGUAUUAACGAGACUGAAUCUCAACCAGUGGGCACUGGCGCGAGGGGACCUCCAUCUCCACUCGAAUGGACUAAAUUAAUACGUGCUGGUAAUGCUUUUUUGCCGGCUCAUAUUGCCGGUAUAAGAGUUCAGGUUUCUGGGCGAAUGGGUAGUAAGAAGGGAGCGGAAAGAACAGCAGUGAUGAGCAGAUCAUUGGGAAGUUUUCGGUUCCAUUCAAUGACGAAAUCAAUGAUUGAUUAUUCUAAAGUUGAAGGAAAAAAUAAAAAUGGAUCGUUUACUGUUAAAGUUUGGAUUAGUUCAACCUGUGGAGCGCCUCGAGGUGUCUUGUCAGAUUGA